AGAUCGCGAAGACUGUCAUUGUGGUAUGUAUCUUAUCUGUCACUCUUAGCGUACUUUGACUGGUAACACUGGCGAUGGCGGUCGGCAGUGUCAUGUGUGACAGCGAGGAAGAUGGCGGGAACCGAGUUGAGACAAGUUGAGAGAGGUCGUCUGAAUUUCUGGUACGUAAGAGGUGGUGUGACGCCGUGGCGCGUGCAUCACGUACAGGAGAUUCUUGGUAAGCGAAACAUAUCUAUAUUUUGAUAUAUAUGGAUAUUGCAGUGACCUUGAAUUAGCGACGACCUUGAGAUCUAUCUGAGUUGAAGAAUUGUGUGAUAUUCUUUGUGUGUAGCUCGAGUUUGAAUGUAACAAGUGAGGUGGCUAGAGUUUAUCGGUUUGAGUUACUGGAGGUUUCUUUAUGGAGGCUGAUGGAUGAGCUGUAGGGGUUGUUGUGGAGGCUCGUCGGGGACCACAUGGUCCCCACCUCAGUACUCAUCGCAUAUUAUGAAAUAUAUGAGUUGCGGGAUGCACGAUGAGUUCUCCUGUGUUGUGGAGAUUCAGUUGUGCCGUGCAUCCACCGAUAUAAGCCACGGGACUUGGGGCCCUUCUAAUUUUCCCUGAGAGAGUUGAGGUUACAUUCAUAACAAGAGAUACCUACGAGAUUGAGAGGAGAUGGAAUUGUGCGCCCAUCGAGUGUUGAUUCAUGGUCAUUGCAGUAGCUAUUUUAUACUGUGCUAUAUAUAUUUAGAGAUCCAUGUAGCGAGGUUGUCAUUACAUCCCCCUAAAAGUAAAACUCCGCUACAUGUUUUGGUGGAGAUGCUUAAAAAUAUGUUGGUUACGGUUCACGUGUUUGGAAUGAGAAAGAGUUGUCGUAUGUUGAAAUAUUUCUUUAUUCAACUUGACUUUUUUUUUGGUUUGGGUAUGCCCAUUGUGGUGCGUACACAUGGGAUAGUUAUGACCCAUUGUGGUGCGUACACAUGAAGAGAAUGAGAAGAGAUAAUUGCCCAGCCAUGAAGAGAAUGUGCAUGUCUUGAGCUCAGUAGUGAUACUACUGAUUGAUACUAGAGUUUUAUCACACAGUGAACCGGCCGACAGACGAGAUCUUGUUUUUUUUUUUCUUUUCCAUAAAUCAGCAUUUGUUGCGCGGGUUGUAUACCGUGUUAAAAAAAAAUCUACCCAUCCUUUUCUUUUGGGUGCUAGUGUGAGACAAAGAUAGUAUAGUUUUAUCUGUCUAUGGAGUGAGACACUCUUUUGACUAACUAUAAGAUAGGAGCGGUAAUUAUGUUUUUAUUCUGGCAAUACUGAAUUUAAUUUCUAAACACGUUCAGAAACACGCCAUUGUUUACUUUCGGUCAAAUUCAAUUGUCAAAUUUGUUUAGUAGAUUUUCCAUUUUGUGCACGUUUCCUCAUUAGUUUUAUUACAAAAAAUAUAUUGAAACAUUUGUUUGUUGUUUUAUUUUCCCUACGGACUUUGUUUAAGUCACGGAUUAUUUUUUAUGUUUGGUACGGAACCGUUCGGAUACGACAGAUCGAUCGGUCUGGUCGUGUAGAGGAUGUUUAAGAAUGAAGUUUAUAAGUUAGUCUACUUUGUCUAUGGUUCGUAUUUUCCAAACUUACCCGUUUUUCUUUUGCGUGUUGUGAGAAAAGUUUGUUAUAGAAGUGGAAAACUAAUAAAAGUGAGCGAAUACUUAAUUAAGAAGUGCCAAAGUGUGGAAGUAAACUGCUAAAUAAACCAUUGUAAGUAAUAGAUUUAAGGCGACUUCAUUAUGAAGUAAUAAAGUACUUACAAUUUCAUGUAAAAUUAUCAAACUUUUAUGGUACUUAAACUCGACUUCAAGUGAAUGCAUUUCAUUGCAGAUUAGCAUCAAACAAAAUGCAAGAUUAACAGGAGAUUUAGAAGCAUAUGAAGUAUAUCGGUAGCUUGCAUUGCGUACAAAAUGGACUUUCUGCUUUCCACAUUACAAUUGCGCCUGGAAAGGCUAACAGAAGCGUUAAAGGGAGCCGCAGAGGCCCUUAACAGCAUUGAGACUGGCGUAGCAAGGGACAGGAUAAUUGCUGUUAGAAUUAACGUUAGUAAUAGACUGUCAGCGCUCACAACAGAUUUAAAUAGAUAUUUGUCUGGUGCGGCGGAUAUAAAAGAAGAUUUGUGCAAUGAAUGUCGAGAUAUGCAAGUAAAAGCGGAGGACACGCUAACCGAAUUAGAAAUCGCAAUAAAACUAUAUUGCCAUGAAGGGGAAAACAAUCAUAGAACGCGUCUACCUAAGUUAGAGUUAGGGAAAUAUAACGGUGAUAUCCUAAAAUGGAACACUUUUUGGGAUAAAUUCGCAGCUAAUGUUGAUAAUAAGGACAUUGCCAACGUUGAGAAGCUUUCAUACUUACUAGCGUCAUUAGAAGGCCCAGCCUUACAAGCAGUCGAGGGUCUGGAAACUACUAACAUGAAUUACCCGAUUGCGGUGGACAUUCUCAAUAGCCGCUUUGGUAAACCUACAAAGGUCAUCGAUGCUCACAAUGAUGCUUUGCAAAAUUUAGCUGUAGCUAAGGAUUCACCUGAAGAUUGUAGGCGCACUCUGAACAAUAUAGAGAAACACCUUAGGGUAUUAGAGGCUCUUGGGGAGAAAGUUGAUGCUAGUCACCUUAGAGUUAUCAUACUCAAUAAAUUUCCAUCAAGAGUGGUAUACCAAGUGUGGCUUAUGUCAACCGAUGAUUCUUUUGCUGCAAUCCGGAAGGCUUUGGAUGCCGUAAUAACAGCCAUGGAGAGUUCGGUUGUUACAAACAUGGAACAUUCUGGGAUUCCAGUAAAGUCCAGUGACACAACGGAGAUGAGUACACCUGCUUCGACAGCAACGCUGCAAAUUAGAGCUGUAAAGAAGAGAAAAUGGCAACAGAGGAGGGAAGCAAUUUCAACUCAACCCAGCAAGAAACGCCCUAAGAGAAUGUGCAUAUUUUGCAAUGAAGAACAUUAUAGUGAGGACUGCACCAAAUUUAACACUUAUAAGGAGAGGAUUGGGAAGCUCAAGGAUAGGUGUUAUGUGUGCUUUCAAAUAGGACACCGUGCCUCCAAGUGCACAAGAAGGAGGAGAUGUGUACAUUGCUCUAGGAUGCAUAAUAGAGCACUGUGUCGACAAAAGGUGCAAAGGGACGGCAGUAACCCAAGUAAGGACAGCGGAGGGGAGAAGUCUGAGCAUUAGACUUUUACUUGAUUCUGGAAGUCAACGAACUUACAUUACAAACAAAGUAGCAAAAUUAUUACAAAUUAAACCUGAUGGAGAAGAUUGUUUGAUGAUUUUUACGUUUGGAUCAGAAAAGCCCAGAG